CUGCUCGUCUGACCAUGGCGCCGUUGCGCUUCUCGGCCAAUCUAUCAUGGCUGUUCCCCGAGCUCCCCAGCCUCCCCGAGCGUCUCAGGGCCGCGGGCAGCGCGGGCUUCGAGGCCGCCGAGGUGGCCUUCCCCUACUCGGAGCCCCCGGAGGCGCUUGCAUGCGCGGCGCAGGAAGCAGGACUGCGGCUGGUUCUGAUCAACACACCCCUGGGAGACCCAGAAAAGGGGGAAAUGGGGCUGGGGGCCGUUCCUGGGAGACAGGCAGCUUUCCGAGAGGGAUUGGAACAGGCUGUGCUCUAUGCGAAGGCUCUGGGCUGCCCCAGGAUUCACCUGAUGGCUGGCCGCGUGCCACAGGGGACUGACCGAGCAGUUGUCAGCGGGGAGAUGGAGGCGGUUUUCCUGGAGAACCUGAGGCACGCAGCUGGGGUUUUGGCUCAGGAGAACCUCGUAGGACUGCUGGAGCCCAUCAACACCCGCAUCACUGAUCCCCGGUACUUCCUGGAUACCCCCCAGCAGGCGGCAGCUAUCUUACAGAAGUUGGGAAGACCCAACCUCCAGUUACAAAUGGACAUGUUCCACUGGCAGAUCAUGGAUGGGAACCUGACGGCGAACAUCCGGGACUUCCUGCCCCUCGUUGGACACGUGCAGGUGGCACAGGUCCCAGGUCGAGGGGAACCCGACAGCCCCGGAGAACUGAACUUCCCCUACCUCUUCCAGCUGCUGGAGGAUGGAGGCUACCAAGGCUUUGUGGGCUGCGAGUACCGGCCCCAAGGAGACACCUCAGAGGGUUUGGCAUGGCUGCGUUCCUACUGGGACAGGCGGGGCCACCCACAGGCUGGCCAGUGAGGUACACCACCCGUGUGCCUCUGUGGAUCGGCGAGCAUUCUGUGGCCUCUCCUCUGAAUUAAAGACACCCCGUAGAACGGAA